AUGUUACGACAACUAGCGCUUUUAGUUAUUGGUGCAACAGUGGUCUUGGCCCAAAGGCGAUUAGCACUUCCAGACCCAAGAAGUUGUGCCAACCGAGUGAGACACUCGACAUACCGUGAUGCCAGAGGUGUAGCCCAUUCUUACUUCUUCUCCUGGGAACAUCAGCCAACUCGCAGCUUGGAAGUUGAUUGGUUGGACGCCAGGAACAUCUGCCGUAGACAUUGUAUGGACGCCGUCUCUCUGGAAACACCACAGGAAAAUGAAUUCAUCAAGCAGAGGAUAGCACGCGGCAACGUACGUUACAUCUGGACAUCAGGCAGAAAAUGUAAUUUUGCUGGAUGCGACCGUGCUGAUUUGCAACCUGCCAACGUCAACGGAUGGUUCUGGUCUGGUUCCGGCGCCAAAAUAGGACCAACCACCCAACGUAACUCCGGAGACUGGAGUCACACCGGAGGAUACGGACAACAGCAACCCGAUAACCGUGAAGCUGCCCAGGGUAAUGAUGAAUCCUGCUUGUCAAUCUUGAACAACUUCUACAACGAUGGAUUGAAAUGGCACGAUGUUGCUUGCCAUCAUUUGAAGCCAUUUGUCUGCGAAGACAGUGAUGAGCUUUUGAACUUUGUGCGUUCGCGCAAUCCAGGCAUUAGGCUAUAA